AUGGUGCUGCUGAAGCUGCAGUUCCCUCUGCAGAGGCGUGUGCGUCUGGCCCAGGGUCUGUGGCUGCUGUCCUGGCUGGCCGUGCUGGCUGGAGCCUUCACCUUCUCCCUGGGAGUGUACCUCAAGACCGAGCUGCUCCGCAGGGCAGAGGUGAUGGAUAACACAGAGAUCCACGUGGUGCCCAACAUCUUGAUGCUGGUGGGCUUGGUAACCAUGGGGAUCAACCUGUUUGCUGGGCGGGUGUGUCAGGACUCCCUGGACUCUGCCCGGUUCCCCCCCUGGAAGCCCUUCCUGCUGCCCUGGUAUGGCCUGGCCUGGAUGGUGUGUGUCUGGUUGCUGUCUGCUGUGGUGCUCAGCUAUGCCCUGCAGGGACACCUCGAGGAGUCACUCAAGGUGGGCCUGAGGAACGGUAUCCGGUUCUACCGGGACACGGACGUCCCGGGCCGCUGCUUCCAGAAGGAGACCAUCGACAGGCUGCAAAUGGAACUGCGUUGCUGCGGCAACACCAACUACAGGGACUGGUUCGAGGUGCAGUGGAUCAGCAACAGAUACCUGGACUUCACCUCUAAAGAAGUCAAAGAUCGUGUGCGUAGCAACGUGGACGGUCGUUACCUGAUGGAUGGAGUCCCUUUCAGCUGCUGUAACCCCGGCUCCCCUCGGCCCUGCCUCCAGAACCACCUGACUGACAACGCUGCUCACUACAACUAUGAGCACCAGAGUGAGGAGCUGAACCUGUACAACCGCGGCUGCAGACAGGCGCUGGUCGACUAUUACAUGGGCCUCAUGAACACCAUCGGCCCUGGGAUCCUGUCGGUCAUCUCCCUGCAGAUAUCAGUGUUGGUGAGCCUGCGGUACCUGCACACGUCUCUGGAGGGCGUGGACCCGGAGAACCCCGAAGCUGACAGCGAGGGCUACAUCCUGGCGAAGGGGGUUAAGGAGACCCUGAUGGAUGUCAAGACCACUGUGUUCAAACUGCUGCAGUUCGGACAGGUGGAAGCAGGUGACGAGGCAGAAGCUGGGGCGGACGGCGAGAAGGCAGCCACGUCCAGCUAG